AGACAUUCACAGUUGCUUGCUCUGCAGACAGGGGACAGAAGGACAGAGCACUCCAGACACAAUGCAGUUGUCCUGGCAUCCCCGGAGGUUAGCUCUGUAUUGUUCCACGUUACUCUUAAUCGUUUCAACAUGUCAAGCAUAUAUUGCCACCAGAGACAACUGUUGCAUUUUAGAUGAGAGAUUUGGUAGCUAUUGCCCAACUACUUGCGGGGUUGCAGAUUUCUUAAGUAAAUACCAAAGCACCAUAGACAAGGACCUUCGCUACAUGGAAGAUACCUUAAGGAAUAUUGAUAAUAGCACGUCAGAAGCCCAACUGCUGAUCCAGAAAAUCCAAAUUGGCCAGGGUUCUGAUCCAAGACCUCAAAAUGUGAUCAAUGAUGCGAUGAAGAAGUCAAGGAAGAUGAUUGACGAGAUUAUGAAAUAUGAAGCAUUGGUUCUCACACAUGAAAACAACAUUAAGUAUUUACAAAAUAUCUUGCUUUCAAACAACCAAAAGAUUCUUCAAUUGAAACAAAAGACAGAUGAACUUGAAGCCAAAUGUCAGGAGCCUUGUAGAGAUUCAGUUCAAAUACAAGAAACUACUGGAAAGGAUUGUCAAGACAUUGCAAACAAGGGGGCCUCAGUAAGUGGCCUUUACUUUGUCAAGCCAUUAAAAGCUAAGAAGCAGUUCUUAGUCUACUGUGAGAUAGAUUCAUCAGGCAACGGAUGGACUGUGCUUCAAAGGAGAGUGGAUGGGAGCCUAGACUUCAAGAAAAACUGGAUUCAGUAUAAGGAGGGAUUUGGACAUCUGUCUCCAACUGGCAACACAGAGUUUUGGCUGGGAAAUGAAAAGAUUCACCUUCUAACCACCCAGACUACAAUUCCAUAUGCAUUAAGAAUAGAAUUGGAAGACUGGGCUGGCAAAACCAGCACGGCUGACUACGCCAUGUUCAAGGUGGGGACUGAAGCUGACAAGUACCGCCUGACCUAUGGCUACUUCAUUGGAGGAGAUGCAGGAGAUGCCUUUGAUGGCUUUGACUUUGGUGAUGAUCCAAGUGACAAAUUUUUCACCUCCCAUCUCGGCAUGCAAUUCAGUACCUGGGACAACGACAAUGAUAAAUAUGAAGGCAACUGUGCUGAACAGGAUGGUUCUGGCUGGUGGAUGAACAAAUGUCACGCAGGUCACCUCAAUGGUGUUUACUACCAAGGGGGCACUUACUCAAAAUCAUCAACUCCAAAUGGCUAUGACAAUGGUAUUAUCUGGGCUACCUGGAGAUCAAGGUGGUACUCUAUGAAGAAAACUACUAUGAAGAUUAUUCCAUUCAACAGACUUUCGAUAGAUGGCCAGCAACAUCACUUGGGUGGAUCCAAACAGGUUGGAGACAAUUAAAAGGAUGUUACAAACAUGACCUUUAAAGGACUUUUAUCUGAACAGAGACAUCAUUUUAUAAUGGAAGAGUGGACUUGUUUUGCCACACAUACUUCAUUUUUGCAGUAUUGAUUUCCAGGACUGAAACUAUCACAAAUAACUUUGUGCAUGUGAUAAUUUAUCUCUGUGCCAUUUCAAUCAAAAAAUUUCACAUUUAUGAACUAAUGCCCCAUGCUAUUACUCGAUCCUUAACUAAAACCAAAGAUAUUUCACAUUUAAGGAUAUGGAUGGCACUCAUAUGACAGGAUGGUUAUUUUGUGAAACAUUAGGGACAAUUGUAGAAAAAGCAGAAGACGAUUCCUGACUUCAAGAGGGUGGACAAUGAGCUGCAAUAUAAGUCCCAUGAAACAAAAUACUAGUAAUGAGGAAUGACAGGAAUAUAACACCUCUGCAGCCAUAAACACAAAUCACAAAGUUGCAGAGAGUUAAACAUAAACAACUGCUUUUAUUCCAAGAAAUACCCAUAAGUGCCAAAGAAAUAUAGUGCGUGAUAUUCCAAAAGUCUCCAUGUAUUUUUAAACUAUGCGCUAAGAUUUUUGGAACACUAAUAUUUAAAAUAUUGUGAACAUUCAUAAUAUGCCUGAAUUUCAGUAUUUCAUUCUAUAUUUUCUAUUAUUGUUGUCUAUGAGACUGUAAGCUCCGUGAGAGCAGGGAUAUCUCUAUAUCUAUAUAUAUCUAUAUAAAAUGCGUUUCUCCCCCCAGCACAGUAGUCUUGUAUACAAUAGGAGCUUAAUAAAUAUUUCUGGCAUUGAAUUCAAUGGAA